AUGUCGACCAUGCAAAGCAUCUUCGCCGGUUACAACGCCCGGCAGGCCGUUCUCCAGGCCAGCACAAACCCAUAUGCGAAGGGAAUCGCCUGGAUUGAAGGCGAAUACGUACCUCUCGCCGAAGCGCGCAUCCCUCUCCUCGACCAAGGCUUCAUGCACAGCGACCUUACAUACGAUGUCCCCUCCGUCUGGGACGGUCGCUUCUUCCGCCUCAAUGACCAUCUGGAGCGACUAGAGGUUAGCUGUGGCAAGCUGCGAUUGAAGGUCCCGCUCCCCCGUGAGGAAGUAAAGCGCAUUCUCGUCGAGAUGGUCGCCAAGAGUGGCAUCCGCGACGCCUUCGUGGAAUUGAUCGUCACCCGUGGUCUUAAGGGCGUCAGAGGCACUGACCCCAAGGACAUCAAGAACAACUUGUACAUGUUCGUGCAGCCCUACGUUUGGGUUAUGGAGCCGGAAGUUCAGCCCGUUGGCGGAGGCGCUGUUAUCGCUCGCACUGUGCGCCGAGUCCCUCCCGGCGCUAUCGACCCGACUGUCAAGAACUUGCAGUGGGGAGAUCUUGUGCGCGGACUCCACGAGGCUGCUGAUCGUGGUGCGACGUAUCCGUUCCUGACGGACGGCGACGCGAACCUGACCGAAGGUUCUGGCUUCAACAUUGUCCUGGUCAAGGAUCGGGUUCUGUAUACCCCGGACCGCGGCGUGCUACAGGGUAUUACCCGGAAGAGCGUGAUCGAUGUGGCUAAGGCUUCUGGGUAUGAGGUCCGCGUUGAGACGGUCCCUGUCGAGCUGGCCUAUCAGGCAGAUGAGAUUUUCAUGUCGACUACCGCUGGAGGAAUUAUGCCGAUUACUUCGCUGGAUGGAAAGCCGGUGAACAAUGGACAAGUGGGACCGGUGUCGAAGGCUAUUUGGGAUGGAUACUGGAAGAUUCACUACGAUGACGCAUUCAGCUUCCAGAUCGAUUAUACUGGAGGCCAAAGAGGUGGAUUGAGCACAUCUGGCAAGUUGUAA